AUGUUCGAUUAUAUCAAUACCGCUAUCCUUCCGCUGGGAUUCUUUUUUCUCGUAUGCACCAUUAUUGGUGUCAUCGGCAAUUUUCUUAUGCUCCUCUGCACCUUUCGAACCAAGCGAUUUCGUUCACCGUGCCAUAUUCUCAUUUCUAUCACAUGUUUGGCCGAUUUGAUACAUGUCAGCGGACAGUUCCCAUUUUGCGUUCAUCUUUUCGGAAAUUUAACUUCAACACAAGCUCAAUGUUAUUAUAUGCUUACACUACCCAUAAUUGGGUUUACCACAGGCGGCCCUUUGAUUUUAAGCAUGGGAAUUGAUCGUUUAAUUGCAGUAAAAUUUCCAACACGAUACCGAUAUUAUCAGGAAGAGCCCACACUGUAUAUAAUUGCGCAAUUGACAUUUCCAGUAGUUUACGCCAUCACAUUUUUGAUCUACGGUUUUAUUGAAAGAGAUACUGAUGAAUCAAAACAAAUGAUCUGUGCCAACCCAUUAUCAUUGAAUGGAAACUCAUUUCAAGCCUUUACUUUCAGCAGCGCAUUCAUUUAUAUAAUUGUAGUAUGCGUUUAUGGAACAGUCUACUAUUUAUUAAAAACCAAUAAAGCGAGUUCCCGAUUCAAAAGUGUUUUUCGCUCAAUCCUUGUUACAGUAGGACUUGUGCUGUUUGGUUUGGUCUCUACUACAACAGCAAAUACGCUUUCCUAUAUAAUUACGAGCGAUGAGUUCACCGUGCAACUCAUUCAAAUGUACGCCGGAAUUACUGUUAACUUUGCAGCUUCUUCCAAUUUAUUUGUAUUCUAUGCCAUCAAUGCUGAAUAUCGCGAGGUGAUAAAAUCACUGCUCGGAAUGAAUAGCAAGUUGAAUUCUCCAAUGUUCGAGGCUUCCAGUACAAAUACGGUGGUCAUCCCGAAGCGAAAUUCUACUCAAUUGACGUUGUCAAAUAAAGUUGGCUCACGAGCGCAACUAAGAAGAAUGACAGUUGUUUGA